ACAAAUAAAAUCUAAAGUUUCUCAACAAGCUAAAAAAAAACCCUAAAAGUCUUGCAGCUUUCUCUCUUCGACAAUGGUGAAUACUUCUAGGAUCAGCUUCAUCAUCAUCAUGAUCAUCUUGCUCUUCAUCAAUCAGUCUGCUCUUUCUUCUUCUGCACGCAUCCGUCAUCUAGAAGGUCGAGAUCAUCUUGCUCACCACCGGACACUUAGUGAGAAGGAGAAAGCUGAUAAGGAACGUCUCAGUUUCAUAUUUAGAACGGUCGAGGCUGAAGCCAAUUUGGAUGAAGAUGUUUCUCUCCGGCUUCCCCAUUUUGCUCGAUAUAAUAGCUAUCCUAAUUCCUAUUACACUCACUACUGAUCAAUCUACUAGGGUUUUGAAUUUGUUGCAUUAAGGUUCAUUAAUUACUGCGAUUGAUACUCAAUGAAUCAUGUAAACCCUAUUUCAUUUUUUUAGAUUUUGGAUCAUGACUUUGUAAACUCUUCCUCAAUUUAAUGGAUAUAUUGUUAGAAAAGCGUCACCACUAAUUUUCGUGAAUCUUUUGGAUUGCUGCUGUGUAUAUAAUCAAUUUAUGUAGUAUAUCGAAUGAAACAGAUUAAUAGAU